AUGGAGAAACUGUCCCUGUCUCCUGAAAAGCUUGACGAAGUGGCGUUAGUGCCAACUGUAGUGACUCAUUUGGACGAUUCAAACGCACACGAACGUUCGGGACAAAUUUUCCUUCCGGUUACCGACAAAACGGUGGUAGAUGACCAGGAAUUUAAAUGUUCUGAACACGAAUCAAGGGAAAGUCAAGAUCAGGUUAAUAGUACCCAAAAUGACGAAAAUAAAAUUGUGUCUUCAAGCAACUUGCUUGAAAACGUGCCAGAGCGAGGCUGCUGCGUGACACCCCGUAAACAACUAUUAAGCAAAGAGGAGAGUGACGCAGAGAUGGUGAGAAGAGCAAAGGAGGAGGGCAUUGUCAGUGUUGUCUUCCCGGGAAUUGUGACUCAGGAAGGAUGCUGCCGUUUUGUCAGCGAAAUCCUUAAGUGUGUUUUAUAUCAGAGGCAACAACUGCCAAUGACCUAUGACCAACUCGUGUACACCCAGAAGAAUUGGCAAGACUCAAAAGCGGAUAAAGAUGUUAUUAGUGGAAGGAAAGUGAAUCUGGCAGAUAUGAAUGGGCGCAAGUGUCAAAAGACACUCCAGGAUCUGGAGGAGGUGCUGCAUCGGCUGGAGGUGCUGUUCUCUCUAAGCAAGGUACCACGAGUGCUGCUGCUCAUGGGUGGCUCGCUCGUCCUCCCCAAAGAGAUAUACGAGAUCAACCUGGAAGAGCUGGUGCUGGGAAGUGGCGACAAAUGUCUUCGCGUGUCGUCAUGUUUAAGACAACUCUUCCGCACACUUUUCAUAGCUGACCUUUUGUCUGAUAGCAAACCGGGCCGUUUAAUGCCCACCACGGUGUUGGCACUAGCCCACAGGGACUGUGGGGUAGGUUGGUUCCAUCCCAAACUACGAUUUAAAGUACCAACCUCUAUCAAGAAAAAAAAAAUUGCUCUUUGUAGUAAUGUGCAAGAAUGCGGGAAUGAAAGCACAGAUGUGAUGGACUGGCAGGAAUAUGUGUGGUUUCAAGCACCUACGGCCAUCAAAGGAUUUUUUUAA